CCGGAGCGCGGCGAGCGCCGCUCCAGAAGAGGCUCCGGGAGCCGCGGGAGCCGCAGGAUUACCCGGAGCGGCUCCGCCGGGAAGGGCUGCAGGCACGGCCGGGGGCGGCCCGGCGGCAGGUUAAACCUUGCCACCUGAAAGACUAAACCCACAGCUUCCCUGAGAGAACCAGAGUCACUGAAUUUAGGAGGCUGAAGAUGAUGCUGCUGCUGUGGAAACAGCUGCUCCUGGUAUCGUUUGUUGGCUGCCUUGGAGACCUUGAGAGCUCCAGGACGAAGAUGAGGAGCGCGGUGUCGGUGCGGGAGGGCCAGGGGGUCGUGCUGCUCUGUGGACCAGCCCCCAGGGCAGGAGAAUUGUCCUUUGCGUGGAUCUUCAACGAGUACCCGUCGUUUGUCCAGGAGGACAGCCGGCGGUUCGUGUCGCAGGAGACGGGGCACCUCUACAUCGCCAAGGUGGAGCCGUCGGACGUGGGCAACUACACGUGUGUGGUGACCAGCUCAGUGACCAACAGCCAGGCCCUGGGCUCGCCCACGCCCCUGGUGCUGCGCACGGACGGUGUGAUGGGAGAGUAUGAACCCAAAAUAGAAGUUCAGUUUCCUGAGACCCUUCCUGCAGCUAAAGGCUCAACUGUGAGGCUGGAGUGCUUUGCACUAGGAAACCCUGUGCCUCAGAUUAACUGGAGAAGAACUGAUGGUCUGCCAUUUCCAAGCAAAAUCAAGCUGAGGAAAUCCAAUGGCAUGAUUGAAAUCCCGAAUUUCCAGCAGGAGGAUGCAGGACUGUAUGAAUGUAUAACUGAAAACUCAAGGGGGAAAAACAUUGCAAGAGGACGCCUCACUUACUAUGCAAAGCCUCACUGGAUCCAGACCAUAAAGGAUGUUGAAGUUGCUGUAGAGGACACCCUACACUGGGAUUGCAGAGCAAGUGGGAAGCCCAAACCAUCAUAUAGGUGGCUGAAGAAUGGAGACCAACUGUCAGUAGAGGGAAGGAUCCAAAUUGAAAAUGGUGCACUUACAAUAUCAAAUCUAAAUCUGACAGAUUCUGGCAGAUACCAGUGCAUAGCUGAAAAUAAACACGGUGUCAUCUACUCAAGUGCAGAGCUCAGGGUUGUAGCUUCUGCUCCAGAUUUUUCCAAGAAUCCGAUGAAGAAACUGAUCCAGGUUCAAAUAGGCAGCACAGUUGACUUUGAAUGCAAACCCAAAGCUUCCCCUAAGGCCAAAUGUUCCUGGAAGAAGGGAGGUGAGCAGCUACACGAAAGUGAAAGAAUCAUGCUGUUAAAGGAUGGAGGACUAAGAAUAGCCAAUGUGACCAAAGUGGACACUGGAACCUACACGUGCCUGGCAGCAAACCAGUUUGGAACAGCCAGUGGCUCAACAAACUUAAUAGUUACUGAGCCAACCAGGAUCACCCUGGCACCUUCCAACAUGGAUGUCACUGUUGGGGAGAGCGUGGUGCUGCCGUGCCAGGUUCAGCACGACCCCAUCCUGGACAUCACCUUCACCUGGUACUUCAAUGGAACCCUCACUGACUUCAAGAGAGAUGCUUCCCACUUCGAGAAGGUUGGAGGGAGUGCAUCUGGGGAUUUAAUGAUUAGGAACAUCCAGCUGAAGCACAGUGGGAAGUAUGUUUGUAUGGUGAAGACAGAGGUGGACAGUGUGGCAUCUGCAGCCGACCUGAUUGUCCGAGGCUCACCUGGGCCCCCUGAACACGUGAGAGUGGAUGAAAUAACUGAUACCACAGCUCAGAUCUCCUGGCAGGAAGGGACAGACAAUCACAGCCCAGUGACCACCUACACCAUCCAGGCCAGGACACCCUUCUCAGUGGGAUGGCAGAGAGCCACAACAGUUCCAGAUGUGAUCGAUGGGAAAACGUUCACAACCACAGUAGUGGAUUUAAACCCUUGGGUUGAAUAUGAAUUCCGUGUAGUUGCCACUAACAAAAUAGGAGGUGGAGAACCUAGUUUACCCUCAGAAAAAGUAAGAACUGAAGAGGCAGUUCCCGAAAUUCCCCCCUCUGAGGUCAGUGGGGGAGGAGGCAGCAGGUCUGAGCUGGUCAUAACGUGGGAUCCCAUCCCUGAGGAAUUGCAGAACGGAGAAGGCUUUGGCUACGUCGUUGCUUUCCGUCCAUCUGGCACCACAACGUGGAUCCAGACUGUGGUCACCUCUCCUGACACCCCAAAAUACGUGUUCAGGAAUGAAAGCAUCUUGCCCUUCUCACCCUAUGAAGUCAAAGUUGGUGUCUAUAACAACAAAGGAGAGGGGCCCUUCAGUUCAGUCACCACGGUUUUUUCAGCUGAAGAAGAGCCCAGCAUAGCCCCCUCUGGAGUGGCUGCCACCAGCCUGUCAUCCUCGGCCAUCGAGGUCUCCUGGGCACCCAUUCCCUGGAAGAUGAGCAAUGGGAGGUUACUGGGCUACGAGGUUAGGUACUGGAAUAAUGGUCAAAAAGAAGAAUCUUCAAACAGGGUCAAAGCUGCAGGGAAUGAGACAUCAAUAAUAAUCACGGGUUUGAGGAGCAACUUGGCCUAUUACACAGCUGUCCGUGCCUACAACAGUGCUGGAGCAGGGCCCUUCAGUGCCACCGUGAAUGCCACCACGAAAAAGCCACCACCCAGUCAACCUCCAGGAAACGUCGUGUGGAAUGUCACGGACUCCAGAGUUAUCCUGAGCUGGGAGGAGGUGACAGCUCUGGGGAACGAGUCCGAGGUGACUGGGUAUAAGGUUUUGUACAGGACCAGCAGCCAGAGCAGCGUGAACGUGCUGAGCACGGAGCAGACGACGGCCGAGCUGUGGCUCCAGUUCAACGACGAUUACAUCAUCGAAGUGAGGGCGACCACCGAGGGUGGGGAUGGCACCAGCAGCGAGCAGAUCCUCAUUCCCAGACUAGCCAGUAUGGAUGCAAGAGGUUCUGGUCCAUCAGUCUUGAAUAUCUUCAGUGUAUCCAGCUUCUUAGCAACUGUAUUUUCCUUGACCCUUAAUUCAGUGUUGUGAUGAUACAUUUGCAUUUGCUGCAAGAAAAAAAAAAAAAGAAAGAAUUGGUUACUAAAGUGCUUUUUUUAAAAAAACAAACCUGCAGUGGUUAAUGCAUGUUUUUCUUCUAUCCUGACGUGUUUUUAAAUUCUUUAUAUUUCACUGUAAGUUGAAGUAAAAAUACCAUGUAAAGUUUAGCAAAUCCUUUAAAAAGGAAUCUAAAAUGCCUUAAUACUUGAACCAAAGGAGUUUACAUAUUACAUAUUUCAGAUACAGUGUAAGAGAGAGGGAGAGCAGUGGCACUGUGGUCAGAGGAGGAGGUUAGCUCAGUGAGAAACUCCAUUUUUGCAGUGACACUGAACUGUUCUGGGGAUGUUCUGCAUUGUUACAAUCCUGUUCUACAGAGAAAAGAUGAAAUCAGAGACAUGGGUGUUGUCAAUCAGACGGUAACACAGGGACCAAGUGGCUGUUCUUAAGACUGUCACAACCCAGGAGGUUUGGAUCAGGUUUCCUAGUGCCCUUUGUGUCAGCUGUUCUAAAUCUGGCAAGAAAUCCCAGCUGGAAGAGAGGGAAAAGUCUCAAUAUGGGUCUUAGUUUUGCACAGUCCACGCUGGGGUGUCCAAGAGGGGCCUCCACUGCUGCUCCUGAGAAAUGAUCUCACAGCUGUGUUUCAAAGAGGCCUCUGUUUUAUCACAGAUGUUUAUGCACCUUUUCAAACAAACACCCACCGUUCCUCUCCAUCCAUAAGUUUUGAAGUUCACUUCCUCAAAUCCACACCUUCUAUUUCUUAACCAGGUUCUUCAUCCAUAACCAAAUUCCCCCACCUUCAGGCUCAUUUUUAUUGCCCUCCCUGGACUCCUGUCAGUGUUCCACUGACAGAAGUUCCCAGUUGGAAGCACUGUUGAAAUGCAUUUGCACCAUGGCCUUAAGAAGAGGGAGGACCACCAACUCCCUACCUGGAGAUGUGGUGCUUCCAGAUAUGCAGCCCCAAAUUAUCUUGCUCUUUCAUCUGCCACACUGCACUGUAAACAUCCUUCAUCCAGUGUUACAGUCAGAACUUCCCUUCCUGCUGCUUUUUAACCAGUUCAAAACUAUCUCACCUGGUCUGGCACCCAGUGCUGUCACAUGAUUCUGGCAAGUUUAUGGCAAUACUGUAGGAUAUAAUAAAAAACUACACAACAGCACUUCAGGCUUGCUAGUAUAGAGAAAUCUGUGCUUGCUUUCAUAGCAGUAUAUUAUUAAAGAUACAUUAAACCUGGUCCAUUUGACUUCUAUAGUUGUGAAUUUACUUAAAUCAGCCUUUUAGGCAUCUCUUAGGGAGCUGACAACAUCCCUGUAACAGGACAUGUUCACAUGACGUCAUAAAGCAUAUCCUUUUAAAGACUGUUCUUUUUUAAUUUCACAGUAUAAUUGCAACACACAGAACUACAAAGGGAGAACCAGGAUUAAUGAAAUUAUGGUAGCACUGUAGAAAAAAAAAUACCUUGAUAUGCAUUCAGAUAAGCAGAUUACCUGAUCAGCUCCAGAUGACUCUGUGUGCUAACUGUUGAGGUAAGCAAGAGCUGUAUAUACUGUACAUAUAUAGAGCUAUAAAUGACUAGUUGCUUUUCCAUGUGGCAAACCAGUGUUGUUUUCAGACACAUGCAAAGGGGGGGGUGGGUGGGAGAUGGAAAUACAGGUGUUCCUAGUAAGUAUAUAGUUGUGUUUCAUGCAACAAAAGGUGAAUCUUUCUAUUGUUUCACACAAUUCUAGUCCAUGUUCCUGUACUGCCAUUCUCAUGCAAUUACAUUGUAUUAUUUAAUUUCUAGCUAUAUAUCUCCAUGAGAUAUGUACCAGCUAUCUUGUUUCAUAUUGAAAAGUUCGAAAUUUAUCCUUAAGACUUCCAGUUGUGUGUGUAUCCUAUGGUUAUCUGUAUGCAUUUUUUUCUAUUGCUCUAAUAAAAUAUUUAUUACAUUGAGGGAUAAUAGAAUAUUUCAAAGUAUUAUUGCUUGUUCCUAUUAUAUAUUUGCACAUUUGGGGGGUUUAAUGCAUCUAAAAGUGGUUGAGCUGCUGAGCUCCACCUCUGCCCACAGGUUUACAGCACAAUGGGCAAAAAGCCAUUCCCUUUCCCUGGCUUCAUUUCCCAUCUAUCCAAUUAGGCUGUUUCCUCUCUUCUGAAAUGGAAAAGAAACCCCAAUGUAAUUAUAUUGAAGAAGAGUUAGUUCUUUCUAGUAAUUUAUUCAGUGUAUCACUAUUCAGCAUUAAGUUGCACAUCCUGUUUUCCACUGCAUUUUCCCGUUUCCUACACAGCUGCAUCUUCCUGUAAAGCCCAGACUUUUCAGCACUAAAAACCUUCUCCCUGGCACCACAGAAUAAGCUUUUAAAGCAUGGAUUCUACCUUCAUAACAGGGAGCAGGUGCAGGUGCUGCCAUAAGGAUUAAUAGUGAUGCCAACACAAGUGUAUUGAAUAAAAGGGGUUUUCCCUUUCAGGUGGUUGGAGGUGGACACACUGUGCUUCCCCCAGUGUCCAUAUAAGUCUCCUUUGAACUGAUCUCUGUUUCUUAUAUCAUGUUAAUUUAGUUAAUGGUUAUUUGCAUUAAUAAAACUGACUUGAUUCUCCAGUGAGUUGGAACAAAAUAAGUUGUCACUGGGAAAGUACAGGAGGAAAAGGUGAAGAGGCAGUAAAGGGAUAAGGAAAGGGAAAAACUUACCUCUAGCAGACAUUUCCAGAGCAGCUCCUGUGACUGCCCAAAAUUAGCAAUUCAGUCCUGGAGUGAAAAAAAAAGAAAACUAAUGAAUAAUAAUGAAAAAUAUGAAUGCCAUUGCUUAUACAACAGGAACUGUGGAUGGUGGGGAAGGCAGUUCUGCAAUUCCACUCUGACUGGUACUUCCAGAAAAACCAACCAGCACUUUGUGACAACUAGUAUUUGAAAUCUAGUAAGAAAGAAGGAUAGGUUUCAGUCACAGUUUUUAGUAAAGCAGCACUGUAAAUUGCAUUUUUUUCAAUUCCCUAUUCAAAAGCAGAACUGUAUUCGAAAGCCUGAAUUUCUCUGAGGUAGCUGGAAUAAGAAUUUAAAAAACAAAACAAACAACUUUUUUCUUUUGGACAGCUUACUGUUGGAUAUGUUACAAAUAUGCAGGAUCCUCUAUGAAUACAAAAUGAGUUAAAAACUAAUAUCACUUCAGCCCAAAGAAAUAUUGGAGAUCUCCAUUUUCAACUUAAUUUGCCUUUCAGUGGUGGAAAGGCAGACGUGGGCAGUGCCUGUCAGGUUAUAUAUGUUAUGUCUUAAUAACAGGCAAUAAAGCAAGCUGUCCUGCAUGAGGGAGUGCAUUAAUCUGACAGCUCUCUGUCUGAAAUAAAUAACAAUGGAAUAUUGUGAAAAUAAAACGAGUUUGUAAACAGGCCCUCGCUCUCUUAGGGAAAACAGCCACCCGGAUUGUUUUAUGCUAAUGCUUUGAAACCCCUGAAAAGCAAUAAAAAGGGGAUGUGUUUAGCAGGGAUA